CUGUCCUGUGGAAGAGUGAGCAACGGCAGCAAUGUCUCCGUCUUUCAUGUCAAACUCACUGACAGCUCGCUGAGAGCCUUCGAAGGCUACCAGAGUGGCAAGGUCCUGUCAUCACAACCACUGAUAACAUUUAAUGGAAACCAAGGGCAUCAGGAGAGGGCAGGCAUUUAAAUGACUGUAUAGAACUAGAAUAGCCCUGAGCACUGAACUCUGCCAAGGCCAAACAGUCCUAUUUUUGAUUCGUUGUCAUUCGUCAUUAAGAUUCAUGCAUUAGACCAAAAGUUAAUAGUUCAAAACACCAUAUUCUUGGAUCUGCACUAGUGCGUAAUAUAUUCUUCUUUAGUCCAUGCCCCACCCAUCCUCAAAGAAAAUUUCAAUACCACGGUCAGAAAAUACCAAUGAGCUACGCACGUUUACGUUCUACCUGUCAAACGUGGGCAGAGACAACCCACAGGGCAGCUUCGACUGCAUCCAGCAGUAUGUCACCAGCGAGGGUAGCAUUCAUCUGGAUUGUUUGGGUGCAAUCCAGGACAAGAUUACCGUAUGUGCCACGGACGACUCCUACCAGAAAGCAAGGGAGAGCAUGGCCCAGGUUGAAGAGGAGACGCGCAGCAGGGGCGCCAUUGUCAUCAAGCCCGGUGGUAGAUAUGUCGGCAAAAGAGUUCAGAUCCGGAAACCGGUAUCUGCCCUGUCCGACGUGGCCCCCUCGCGGCGGACUUCCCGACCCGUCAUCAUCUCCAGCAGCGCAAUGAAGAAAGCAAGCGCUCAGCACCGGCCACUCCGAGAGCGCCUGGUGCACCUGCUAGCCCUCAAGCCUUACAAGAAGCCCGAACUGCUACUGAGGUUGCAGAAGGACGGCCUCUUGCAGUCAGACAAGGACUCCCUGGACAGCCACCUGCAACAGGUGGCAAACCUGAAUGGGAAAGAUAACACGCUUACGUUGAAAGACUUUUUAUAUAAGGACAUUCAUAAAGACUGGCCUGGAUACACGGAAGGAGACCAGCAGCUUCUCAAGAGAAUCUUGUUAAGGAAGCAGUGCCAGGCUCAGAACAACACUGCUCCUCCACCACAAAGCCCGCCCAAGGAGUUGGCCAGCAGCUCGCCAUCUCAGAAACGUCCUGCUGCAGACUUCAUUGACCCUCUUGUCAAUAAGAAGCCGAGGAUAUCGCACCUUGCAAGCAAAGCUGCACCCACACCAAUCAACGGCAAGUUGGCCUCCUCCAACGGGAAAGCAGAGACACAGGCGGCUCCUUUGGCCGACGCCACUUUGACAUCCAGCUCUCAACCGCUCCCCGUACUGGACAUCCCCCGUCCUUUCGAAGCGCUUUCUGACGUCAGCAAUGACUCGAGCCACAACGGACGAGACUGCGAUGCCCAGGAAGCGGCGUCGGAGAGGCUCAGUCAACACCCUCUGGCGACAACCAUGGCCACUGGGGUCAGCGCGUCCCCCACGGCGGCCCCGCGCGACAAGAGUCCGUCAGCCACCAGCAGCAAAAAGUCCAAGAAGAAGUCCAAGAAGCAUAAAGACAAGGAGAAGACGACAAACAAGGAGAGGGCGAGAGGCCAAGAGGAGGAGAAGGAGAGGAAAAGUGCUGAGGAGAGAAUGCUUGAGCCUGACAGAACCUGUGACAUGAGCCCAGAAAACCUCAAAAGCAACAGUAUUCCAUUCAAAAGCACAAAUAUGAAUGGGAUGUGCAACAACAGCACCAGUAUUUCCUUGUCAUCACCUGAGGUGACUGACUAUCUAUCGAAGUACACGAUGAUCAGCUCUCCAGAGCAGCGUCAGAGGUAUAAAAAUGACUUCAACUCUGAGUACAGCGAGUACCGCCGUCUACACUCUCGGAUAGAGGGCAUCACCAAGCAUUUCACUGUGCUGGACAAUGAGCUUAAGAAGCUCCAACAAGGCACAGACAAGUACAAGACAAUCCAUAAUCAGAUACUUCAAGAGUAUCAUAGAAUAAAAAAGCGUAAUCCCCACUAUAGCCAAGAGAAGAACCGCUGUGAAUAUCUACACAACAAACUGGCACAUAUCAAAAGACUCAUUGCUGAGUAUGAUCAACAGCAACUCUGAAAGUACAGUACUUGAUUUUUUUUUUUUUUUUUCAAUGAGGAUUUGUCCUCAUUUAGGCCAAAGCCUCACACAUGAGGACUUAAACAAGGACAUGAGAUCUUUGUUGUCCUCUCUUUACUUUUCUUUUUGGGGGAAGAUACGAUGAUGCCGGGCCUCCUAGUGUGGUAUACGGACACAUCCGAGAAAGAAAAAAAAAAAGGUGAAGCUGUUUUUCUCAGCCCACCUUUCUUAUUGUCAUGUGAAAGAAUCAGGGAAUUACACAAAAAACACUUUCUGGAGGAGGAGACGUCUGUCCUGCUUUUGAGAAGAUUAAAGUUUUCAGUUAAAGGAAAAAUGAGAUAGUCUUCCCCCUUUUAUAUAUGGAGGUGAAUGUUUUUUUCUAUUUAUUUUCAGACCCUCAAAGUGUGGGGAAAAUCAGUACCCUUAAAGGCUGCAUCUCCUUCAUUUUGAAUGUCAGCCAGUAUUUUAUUCAGAAGCUGCCUUGCCUCGUCUCGAUGUCCAUUUUCUUUAAAAGAGAGCAAUGCUCCUAAAUGGUGAGUUUUGCUUGUUUUAUUCUAGAACAGGGGUGUCCGAACAUUUUCAGACAAAAAACAAUCCAAUAUAGUUAAUAAUACAUGCUAAAGAGCCACCGUCAUUAUAGCCGGGGGGGUGUAUUUUCAUAACCGCAGAGAGGACAAGGCGUUAAUUGGGAAGAUGAUGUGAAAUGCGAAACCUUAUUAUACACAGCAACUUAAUUGUUUCACUUUUAUAAGGAUUUGUAGCGCAUGAGAAAAUGGAAAGGAGAAUAUCGGUCCCUUUGACCACAUUGUCCUUUAUUAACAAGUCAAAUGCAGCUGCUGCCAUUUUGUGGAGUUAAUAAAGAUUACAUCCGGAAGUUGCCUACAGCCACAGCUAUUAAUCCCAGUGCGUUUUGAGUCACGCUAGUUCGAGACCCCUUGCUUUUGUAGACCAUACACCCGGUGACUAUACACGACUCGGCAAUUAAUUGAAUACAGGCUUUAAUUGGAGCAGUUAUGCUAAAUCCAUUAAAAAAAUGCAAUAAAUAAAUAACAAUUCACCUCGGUUUUGUGACAAAUGCUGUAGUUUCUAGUCUGGUGUCAUAUCUUGUUUGAACAGUCAAAGUUUCAACUAAUUUACCUUGCUAGUGCUCUGAUACGUCCCGGAUUCCAUUUCAUUUCUUACAAUAAAAACUUAACAGUGAGGUACCAGCCACAAAUGGACGCCCCUGUUCCAGAAGAAAUCACCUCAGACGAGCCGCCUUCAUUCAGUUCAAUGCAUUGCAAGCUCCUCAAGGCUUUUCUUGAGGCGCUCUUACUCUUACAAAGAUCUGGAGGUUAUCUCCAUGUCAGAACGUUAUGUCCGCACAUAUCCCGCCCACCCCCUCCCCCCACGCUCGUCCAUAGAGGCGACUGCUAACACGAAGCCAUCCUCGACCGUCUUUUGCUGCCCUGUUACCACUUUUGCCUUUUUCGUCCUCUUAACGUGAAGAUGAGGUCAAGCUCAAAGAAGCCGAAGACGAGUCCAGUCGGUCAGCAUUAUGGAUAACUUGAUGUGAAUAUGACAAAUCAGCACUUUUAAUCUCCUUGCCACUCCCCGUGGAAGUUACUUAUUUUCUUUGUUGGCGCACACGCUUCACUCGCUACAUGAACAGUCCUCAGUUACCAAGCAGGCUUUCAUUUGCCGUCAGUUGAUGUGAGGAAGGUGGAAUUUAUCAUGAAGGCUCAACAAACAAACCCCCCUCCUCCAAAUCCACUGUGAGUGAGCAUCAGUGACUAUUGUGCAGGAUGUAUCAAGUGAGUCAAGUGUGCCAAAAUUAUCUGUUUGUAUCGUUUUGUUUCUUUCUCGUCAAUACUCUUCUUCUCCUCUCUUGAUGCUGAGCAAGCAAAAAGUAACAAAAAUAGCAGGUGGGCGACAGGAGGACUUUGGAGGGAGAAGACUCAUGGAUGAAAUGUUGGCGCUAAAAACCAAAAGCACGCUUUUUUUUCUUUUUUUGAGAACCAUAAGGGACUGGAAAUCUUUUGUUUCAAUAAAAUUCUUUCAAAUCCUGAUUUGUCCUGUGGCUA